AUAAAACCGGAUGUAGAUCCAAUUGUUUAUUAUUUACACAUAAGAUCAAUUUCUUUUUAGCUCUGGCAAUCAUCUUUUAGUUCUUUUGAAAGACUCAACUGACACGAUAUCACGAUGUCUAUCACUCAAACGUCUUCAAAGGAGUCCAACAUCGGCCUCAUCAGCGACGAAGAAAGGGCAGCCCUCGGCAAAGUUCGCCUAGAAGAUGACGUCUCAGAGUCUUCUGUUGGAACUGAGACCAAGACACCGAGCUUGGUGGUUGAGAAACAGGUGGCCAAGUUUAUCGGACCUCCUAUACCAGUCAACAGAGACGGUAUGGGCAGGUAUGUGGUCCCACCAAACGGUCGACCACUGACAUUUAACGAUGUUCCCACACCUGGACCAGCUAACUACGCCUUUGACUUUAAUUUCAUCACUCACAAGUUCCCCGUGUUUUCCUUGGGAGAGAGACCUCCAGAGCCCAAGAGAAGUAAACAAAAGCGAAUCCCAGGCCCCAACAAGUACAAUGUGCAGGGGAAUGCCGUGUGGGGGAAAUGCAAAAAAUUUCCGAUGGGAAUCAAAACUUUUACUUCUGACGUCAAGCCGUCACCCGGACCAGCAGCUUAUAACUUACAGAGCCAGAAGCCUACGGGUCCAAAGUAUUCUAUAGGCAGCAAGGAUGAGAAUAUCAUCGGCGGACUGAUGAGUAAGCUGGUCUUCAUCCCAGAUCCACGAAACCCAGGACCAGACUUCUGCCCGUCGUCUGAUGAGUGGCUACAGAAGCCCAAAUCUUUUGGUAUCCCAUAUGAGAAACGAAGAAGGUCUAAAGCACCAGGUCCCGGCCGGUACAGAGUUCCAGACACACUAGGUGGACCUAAAUGGAAAAUGGGAACAAAAACGUCGAAUGUCAAACCUGUAGAUAUGCCAGGACCUGCGAACUAUGGUUUCAAGUCUACCAUUGGAGAGGGACCCAAGUACCACAUUGGUCGAGUAGCUCCUGAGAAUCUUUCAAAGUUUAUAACACCAGGAGCUGACAUGUACAACAGGGCUGGGUUCAGACUGGACGAACCCGGGUUCACCUUGAAGUACAGAUGGUUCGAUUCCAAGCCGAAGAAGUCACCUGGACCAUGGACUUACAAAGUAAAAGAGGAAAUGGUCAGCACUAGAACACCCGCCUACACCAUCUCUAAGAAAACAAAGCCGACCUACCCGGCCUCUCUCUAUUCCGCAGUUGGGCCUGACGGUCCAGGCCCAGGAGACUAUAACUUGCCGGAAGUGAUUGAUUUGAAUGGAAAGUCGUUCGGAGAGAAACACGCAGAGUCGGGGAAAAAAGGACCCGCCCCUGCAGACUGCCAAGACCUGGACUUGAUCAAUGUCAACAAGCGAAAGGCUCCGAGUUAUUCAUUUGGCGGUAAAUAUGUGGAAUAUGUCGACUGUGACAUCCCUGGUCCACACAGCUAUGACGUCAAGUUCAGUCACGUGGUACAACCAGAGGGUAAAACUAUGGGCUUGAAGAGAUCCGCCAAAUCAGCUCAGACGCCAGGCCCAGGUCCCUGCGCCUACAACGUCUCGGCCUCGAAGACCAAGUGUGCUCACUCCAUGGGCCCUUCGGUCAGCAGUCGGCACACACCUUUCAUGUUCAAUGGCGUUGGACAUAGAACGAUCCUCCGGGACCUUCCCAAGGGCGUCUCUCCCGCGCCUCUUCUGGGAUAAUCUCCAAAUUGACAUGCAGGGUACUAAAUCCACGAAAAUUAAAAAAAAAAACCUAGAAACCUAGGCUAAAACUUCAACUUUUAUGGAAAACAUUGGUUAAAACCCAUAAUCUGUUAUAA